UGGCCGGGUGGGAAGUCACUCACCCGGCGCAUUCCGCCGUCCGCAGGCUUGCGGGGAAACUUCCUUAUUAUUGUGACGCCGAAAACGGAGAAACCCCGAGCCGUACCAGAGGGGUUGUGACACUCGGAAUCCCCAGCUGCGGUUCGGAGGCUGCUGAGAUCUCUAAGGUGUGGUGGAACACUUCUGGCUUCUAGUCCAAAUGCCAAGUGUGUGAUCUGUGGCAUGAGUCCCUGAAGGAUAAGGACAAUGUUAUGUUGGGGAUAUUGGUCUCUGGGCCAGCCUGGUAUCAGCACCAACCUGCAAGGAAUUGUGGCUGAACCCCAGGUGUGUGGAUUCAUAUCUGACAGAAGCGUCAAGGAAGUGGCCUGUGGAGGAAACCAUUCUGUGUUCCUGCUGGAGGAUGGGGAAGUUUACACGUGUGGUUUGAACACCAAGGGGCAGCUGGGCCAUGAGAGGGAAGGAAACAAGCCAGAACAAAUUGCAGCUUUGGCAGAUCAGCACAUCGUUCAUGUGGCAUGUGGUGAGUCCCACAAUCUGGCCCUCAGUGACCGGGGCCAGCUGUUUUCUUGGGGUGCAGGGAGCGAUGGUCAACUAGGACUCAUGACUACUGAGGAUUCUGUGGCAGUGCCCAGGUUAAUACAAAAGCUCAACCAACAGACAAUAUUACAAGUUUCCUGUGGCAACUGGCAUUGCUUGGCUCUUGCAGCUGAUGGCCAGUUCUUCACAUGGGGAAAGAACAGCCAUGGGCAGCUGGGCCUGGGGAGGGAGUUCCCCUCCCAAGCCAGCCCGCAGAGAAUGAGGUCCCUGGAGGGGAUCCCACUGGCUCAGGUGGCUGCAGGAGGGGCUCACAGUUUUGCUCUGUCUCUGUCAGGAGCUGUUUUUGGCUGGGGGAUGAAUAAUGCAGGGCAGCUAGGGCUCAGUGAUGAAAAAGAUCGAGAGUCUCCGUGCCAUGUGAAACUCUUACGAACACAAAAAGUCGUCUAUAUUAGUUGUGGAGAAGAACACACAGCGGUCCUCACUAAGAGUGGAGGUGUAUUUACUUUUGGCGCUGGUUCUUGCGGGCAACUUGGACAUGACUCCAUGAAUGAUGAGGUUAAUCCAAGAAGAGUUCUGGAGUUGAUGGGCAGUGAAGUAACUCAGAUUGCUUGUGGCAGACAACAUACUCUAGCCUUCGUGCCUUCUUCUGGACUCAUCUAUGCAUUUGGUUGUGGAGCAAGAGGUCAAUUAGGAACUGGGCACACUUGUAAUGUUAAGUGCCCAUCCCCUGUGAAGGGUUACUGGGCCGCCCACCAUGGCCAGCUUUCAGCUCGAGCUGAUCGCUUUAAAUAUCAUAUUGUUAAGCAGAUCUUCUCUGGAGGAGACCAAACUUUUGUACUUUGCUCCAAGUAUGAGAAUUCUUCUCCUGCUGUUGACUUCAGGACUGUGAAUCAAGCACAUUAUACCAGUUUAAUAAAUGAUGAAACCAUAGCAGUUUGGAGGCAAAAACUCUCAGAACACAACAAUGCAAAUACAAUCAAUGGUGUUGUUCAGAUAUUAUCUUCUGCAGCGUGUUGGAAUGGAAGUUUUCUUGAAAAAAAAAUUGAUGAACAUUUUAAAACAAGUCCCAAAAUCCCUGGGAUUGACUUGAACUCAACUAGAGUGUUAUUUGAGAAGUUAAUGAACUCUCAGCACUCCAUGAUUCUCGAACAGAUUUUAAAUAGCUUUGAAAGUUGCCUGAUACCCCAGUUGUCGAGUUCACCACCAGAUGUUGAAGCAAUGAGAAUCUAUCUAAUACUACCUGAGUUUCCCCUGCUCCAGGAUUCCAAGUAUUAUGUAACGUUAACUAUUCCCUUGGCUAUGGCCAUUCUGCGACUGGAUACAAACCCCAGCAAAGUAUUAGAUAACUGGUGGUCUCAGGUAUGCCCGAAAUAUUUUAUGAAGCUGGUAAACCUCUAUAAAGGUGCAGUCCUUUAUCUACUAAGGGGAAGAAAGACAUUCUUAAUUCCUGUACUGUUUAACAAUUAUAUUACAGCAGCUCUCAAGCUCUUGGAGAAGUUAUAUAAGGUAAAUCUUAAAGUGAAGCAUGUGGAAUAUGAUACAUUUUACAUUCCUGAGAUUUCCAGUCUCGUGGACAUUCAGGAAGACUACCUCAUGUGGUUCUUGCAUCAAGCCGGGAUGAAGACUAGACCAUCUAUAAUACAGGAUGCUGUAACACUUUGUUCCUACCCUUUCAUCUUUGAUGCCCAAGCCAAGACCAAAAUGUUACAGACUGAUGCUGAACUACAGAUGCAGGUGGCGGUCAACGGAGCCAACCUGCAGAAUGUCUUCAUGCUUCUCACCCUGGAGCCUCUGCUGGCCAGAAGCCCCUUCCUGGUCCUUCACGUUCGCAGGAACAACCUCGUUGGUGAUGCCCUAAGAGAGCUGAGCAUUCAUUCUGAUAUUGAUUUGAAAAAGCCUCUCAAAGUAAUCUUUGAUGGUGAAGAAGCAGUGGAUGCUGGUGGUGUUACAAAGGAGUUCUUUCUUUUGCUAUUAAAAGAACUUUUGAAUCCCAUCUAUGGAAUGUUUACCUACUAUCAGGAUUCAAGCCUCUUGUGGUUUUCAGAUACGUGUUUUGUAGAGCACAAUUGGUUUCACUUGAUUGGCAUAACCUGUGGACUAGCUAUCUACAACUCCACUGUGGUUGAUCUCCACUUCCCGUUGGCUCUCUACAAGAAGUUACUGAACGUAAAGCCGGGCUUGGAAGACUUAAAGGAGCUGUCACCUACUGAAGGAAGGAGUCUUCAACAGCUUUUAGAUUACCCUGGGGAAGAUGUUGAGGAGACUUUCUGCCUCAACUUCACGAUCUGCCGAGAAAGUUAUGGGGUGAUUGAACAGAAGAAGCUGAUACCUGGGGGAGACAAAGUGACUGUAUGCAAGGAUAACAGGCAGGAAUUUGUGGAGGCUUAUGUGAAUUAUAUCUUCCAAAUCUCAGUUCAUGAAUGGUACACAGCCUUCUCCAGUGGCUUCCUAAAGGUGUGUGGAGGCAAAGUGCUUGAGCUCUUCCAGCCUUCAGAACUGAGGGCCAUGAUGGUGGGGAACAGCAACUACAACUGGGAAGAACUAGAAGAGACUGCCGUCUACAAGGGUGAUUACUCAGCCACACAUCCCACUGUGAAACUAUUUUGGGAAACAUUUCAUGAGUUUCCAUUGGAAAAGAAAAAGAAGUUUCUUUUGUUCCUGACAGGCAGCGAUCGGAUUCCCAUCUAUGGCAUGGCCAGCCUGCAGAUUGUCAUCCAGUCCACAGCCAGUGGGGAGGAGUACUUGCCUGUGGCCCACACUUGCUACAACCUUCUUGACCUCCCCAAGUACAGCAGCAAAGAGAUUCUGAAUGCACGGCUGACCCAGGCCCUUGACAACUAUGAGGGGUUUAGUUUGGCCUGAGCCUUCCCAACUUGUUCUGGAUUUCCCUUCCUUCCUCAGUGUCUACAUUGAGGCCUAUACAGAAAAUCAUGGGGAGUGAUUUCUAUUUUUUUAUUGUCUAAGUGGGUUGGGACUUUUGAAUCCUAAACCUGGUCGAUGUGUUUUCUGUGGUUGUAAGGAGUAAACAACCUGUUUGAAAAAUCAGGAGUAGGGGUUGGGGAUGGGUUGAAAAAUUGGCUGUUGUGUGGGAAGUGUUUUAGUUUUAAACCAAACUAUCCAGUGUUCCUUGCACUGUGAAUAUAUUGCAUUCUGCUGAAUGAAAUGACAGUGGAUUUUUAAACUUUCAUUUCCCAGAUGUCUCUCUCAGCCCUGAUCUUUCCUCACAGUGCUUCCUUGUCCUUGUCUCAACUUCUCAUUCCUCUACAAGAAUGAUUUUGACUGCCCUGCCCUUUCUUACCUGUGCAUGCAGAACAUCUUCUUCUGCAGCCUUGGAAAUGCCCUGGCUUGCUGCAGCCUUCCUCUAACCCACAGGAGGAAAGGACUACUUCAGAAACUCCCAAUUCCAAAAAGCUCAGUCUGGGUCCAUUACUUUGGUGGAACUCUUGAGAAUUUAUGGGAGCCUCCAUGGACACAUCUUGCUUUAAAAAAAAAAAAAAAAAAGUUCCUGAGGCAAUAGCAACCUUCCCUGGCUGUGCCUGUUUCCUAGACCUCUUUAAAGAUGUGCAGGGCAGCCUAGAAUUACAGCUGAGCCUAAUCUUGUUUUGUUGCUCAGCCAUGUCCCUUUGGCAGUUAGGGGAAUGAUAGGCCCUCACCCCUUCUAUCUUGCUUUUGGAGCAUUAAUUUUUUUAAGAGUCUCUAUGUUGUCCAAGAAAAGUAGAAAUAAUAAAUUUCUCACCCUUUUCUGUCACUUUAUGUACGCUACCACUUUCUCUUUCUUCUCUUCCCUCCUUUUUCUACCAUCCUUUCUUUCUUACGUUCCUUUCCUCUCUUCUUCCCUUCAUCCCAUUCUGUUACUUUUUUUUUUUUUUUGUCUUUUUCGUGACCGGCACUCAGCCAGUGAGUGCACUGGCCAUUCCCAGAUAGGAUCCGAACCCGCGGCGGGAGCGUCGCCGCGCUCCCAGUGCUGCACUCUCUCGAGUGCGCCACGGGCUCGGCCCCCAUUCUGUUACUUAAUGUUCCCUUGCUCCCCUCUCUUUCUAGUGAAUGCAUGGAGUCUUUUUUUUUUUUUUUUUUUUUUAAUUUAAAUUGCAAAAUUUCUACUCAGAUUUUUUUUUUUUUUUUCUCUUGCCUAAUUGCUAAGACUUAAGGUCAUUCUUUAUUAUGGAACUUUUGUUUAUCACAUAUGAAAUAUUUGUUUACAGUGGGAUUUUGGGGGGAUUGUGUUUAAAUCAAAUGUAUGUAUCUCAAAAAUAAUGACAUGCUCAACCUUCCUCAUCAUGGGAUAAGAAAAUUCUAUGUGAUCAAAAAAUCCAUGUAAGCCUAAUUUUAAAUUCCUAGUAACUAGAGAAGAGUCUUAUUUAUAUAAAAUGAAGUAUUUAUGAACCGUGAUACAGCAUCAAAUCUCAAUGAAGGAUUGUAGAUUUUUGCUUUUUCUUUUUGUUUUUAAAACUUAUUCCAAUUGCUAAAUUGGUAGUUUUUCAGCCUUUAUAAA